AUGGUAUACACCGCCAUUAGCAGCCGCAAUGAGAUUGUCGACGAGAUGUUCAAGCUCUCUCUUCUGGCAGAGGUGGGGUUCGGUGGCUCUCUUCUCUAUGUGGAUCCCUGUGAUGCCCCAUUUGGAAAUAAGACCUUUGGGGUGACCCUGAACCCAGGUGGGAACCCGUUUCCUGAAGAAGAUGCCAGAAGUGCUGGAAGAGACAGUCGCCACAACUUGACAUCAUUGCUGGUUCAGCCCAUCUCUGCCUCCUUAGCGAAAAUGUUACUCUCUGCCCCCGCCAUGGGGCAGGGAAGACCCUGCAUCCCUAUGGCCAUGCCCUCUGCCUCAGCAAGAAAAAUCAUAAACCUCACCAUUGAAAACCAGGCGUCCUUCAAGACGGUGCACAAUGUUAUUGGAUAUCUCAAAGGCAAGACCAAUCCAGAUCGAUAUGUACUGGUUGGCAGUCGUCAUGGCAGCUGGUACGAGGGUGCGUUGGCAGACUGGGGGAACGGCUCUGCAGUCAUGACUCAGAUCAUCGCCUCUAUGACGGCUCAAACCCGUGCGGGCUGGCAGCCCGACCGCACCAUUGUCUUCUGCUCCUGGGGGGGAACCUCACUGGGCAACAUCGGCUCCUUUGAGUGGGGGAAGGAGAAUGCAGUGGUUCUUCAGAGCAGGGCAGUAGCUUAUGUCAGCCUGCACAGCCCCGUCAGAGCCCCUGGAUCCCUGCAGGCCACAGCAUCACCUUCCCUUCUGCAACUGGCAACUGAAACUCAAAAGAGCCUUCGACGCAAUGAGACACAAGAGGCCCUCAUUAGCAUGCUAAUUGAGUGGAAUACCAUCCAAUCAAAGAUGCACAGGGGCUGUUUGAGGUGA